CCUACGAAGUUACUGAGGUCAAAGAGUUAUAGAGCUGAUAACUCCGACCGUCGACCUUAACUUGAACGCACCAUGUAACUUCUCUGUACCCGCCCAUCUGAGGGUCACCUGACGUGCUGGCAGUGAUUUUAUUGGUCCCUGCUACCUGUCAAUCAUAAACUCAACCACGUGGUCGAUAAUAACAUGGGUGGGCUCGAGGGGGCGGUGGUGGACUGUCAGCGAUGAUUUGGAAAAUAAUGUAGUCAGUCACGCAUUAAUGAAGUUAAGUAAUGAUUCAUCACGCAGGUUUACACGUUAAAUUGUACGUUAGAAGAACAGCGUCGGUGUGACAGAACCAGAGCUCGACAGGUGACCUGUUGGUUUUCGUUAGAGACGGUAACUAGAGAGACGUUAGCUAGUUGAACGUUAGCUUGGUAACGGUAGCUUGGUAACGGUAGCUUGGUAACUUUAGCUAGUUGAACGUUAGCUUGGUAACAGUUACCACCAGGAAGAAGAAGUGUCACUGCCUGCCUGCCUGUCUGCCUGCAGCACCCAGGGGAGACGAGGAGAGACCUGUCUGUGGUCAUGGCUGCCCUCGGUAACUCCGGGGCCACUUCCAGUCCCAUGGUGGUCCUGGCUCCGAAGACUAAAACGAAAAAGAAACACUUCGUGCAGCAGAAGGUGAAGGUGUUCCGAGCCAGCGACCCGGUCCUGAGCGUCUUCAUGUGGGGCGUCAAUCACUCGAUCAAUGAUCUCAACCAGGUGCCUGUUCCUGUCAUGCUGCUUCCUGAUGACUUUAAAGCCAACACUAAGAUCAAAGUCAACAACCACCUCUUUAACAAAGAAAAUCUUCCAGGACAUUUCAAGUUCAAAGAAUACUGUCCUCAGGUCUUCCGAAAUCUAAGGGAACGGUUUGGUAUUGAGGAUCUGGACUAUCAGGUCUCGUUGACCCGCAGCCCCCCAAUGAGGAGUGUAGAUGACCAGGGAGAGGGACUGCUCCUCAACUCCUACGACCGAACGCUGGUCAUCAAGCAAAUCUCCAGCGAAGAUGUUGCAGACAUGCACAGCAUCCUGUCUGAGUAUCACCAGCACAUAGUGAAGUGUCACGGCAGCACCCUGCUGCCACAGUUCCUGGGUAUGUACCGGGUGAGCGUGGACAGCGAGGAGACUUACCUGAUCGUCAUGAGAAACAUGUUCAGCCACAGACUGAUUGUACACAGGAAGUACGACCUGAAGGGCUCUCUGGUGGCUCGUGAAGCAAGUGACAAAGAACGGGGAAAAGAGCUUCCUACCUUCAAGGACAUGGACUUCAGGAACAACUUGCAGAAGGUGUAUGUGACCGAUGAGCAGAAGGAGAAGUUCAUGGAGAAACUCAACAGAGAUGUGGAGUUUCUGGUGAGGCUGAAGAUCAUGGACUACAGCCUGCUGCUCGGUAUCCACGACGUGGGUCGAGCUGAACGGGAUGAGGAGGAGGGCGAGGAGGUUUCCAACGAGGAAGAACCAGAGGCGGAGAACGGCCUGGCACUGGGGGCUACGGUGGGCUCUUACGGCACCUCUCCAGAGGGAAUCGCUGGUUACAUGUCCUGCUGCAAACCUCUGGGGCCCGGGGAGUUCGACCCCUAUGUGGAUGUGUACGCAGUCGGGAGCCUCCCAGGAGCUCCUCAGAGGGAGGUCUAUUUCAUGGGCCUGAUUGACGUACUUACUCAGUACGACACCAAGAAGAAAGCCGCUCAUGCAGCGAAAACUGUCAAACACGGGGCCGGUGCUGAAAUCUCCACAGUCCACCCCGAGCAGUAUGCCAAACGAUUCCGCGACUUCAUCUUUAACAUCUUUGCGUAACACUCGGCUAUGAACGCUGCCAAAAGUCGAUCCAACUGAGAGCUAAGCGUCUAUUUUACCAUUGACCAAAAAUAGCAUGCGCACACACAUAUCAUUAUUUAAAUGUGGUGAUCUGAGGCGAGACUACUUACGUUGUAGCAACAUAAUGUACUACUUCUGAUGCAUAUAUUUAUUUUUAAGAUUUAAGAUGCAUUUCUUCUAUUAAGCACUCUUUAAAGGAAUAACUCUGGCGCUUUAGGGUACAUGGAAACAAACUGCUGUUGAUCAGUGUUAGACCACAUCAGUGUGAGAUCAAAUAUUUCUGUUUUUUUCAGGCAUGAACUAAACUUAAAGGAAGAGUUUGACAUUUUGGGAAGUGCGAUUAUUUACUUUCUUGCUAAAAUUUUAACAGAUUCAUAUCACUCAUAUCAUGUGUCUGUUAAAGGUUCCCUGUGGAGUUUUUUACCUCUAGUAGCGUUAUAGAGUCAUUUCUUUAUGAGUGGGUCCCCGGUUUGUUUGUUUUGUGCACGAGGACGCAUGUGCACACUAUGCGCAUUCCUGCAAAUGGUGUCCCACUACUCCACUGAUCUACAAGUGGCGGUAACACACCAAGAUGUGCAACAAUGGGCCAGCAAAGGCAGUGAAGAAGAAGACCGCUAGCAAGUGAACAUGUAUGUAAACAGUGCUGGAUUUAUAAUACUUAAAAACUGUGGCUGUGUCCAAAAUCACAUACUAUGUACAACAUACCCAAUAUGUGUACUAUCAUUCAACAUACGUUUGUGUGAACAAACAGUAAUUGACAGCAGUAAUUUACUUUGUCACUUCCUGAGAGCCUCCUUGCUGGUUGGAGACGUGUAACCAUGGUAACCAGUGCCAACCUUGUGUGACCAAAACAGCAAUUUUUUGAGAAUCAAAGUCAAAUUAAUUUUAUAUAUGUAUAUUACUUAUACUAAUACUUAAAUUGAAGCAUUAUUGAUGUUACAGAGCUGUCCCUCAACAUCUGUUGUGAACGCUGUCUUUACCGCAUUGAAUUGUGGGAUAUUUAUGUAGUGUCCAGCAUUUGCAUACUGUAAUAUUUCACCAGAAAUAGUAAGCAAUUUGCGUACUACUGGCUUCAUACUAAGGUUUCGGACAUACUAAAAUAUCUCACAUACUGUGUUGGCGUACUAAAUAGCAUGUUAGUAUGGAAUUAUGGACGCAACCUCAGCUUUGCAAAUGUUUUAUGAAGAAGGAAAUGUAUUCAACGUGUUUGUUAGACCUCAAAGAUGCAGACAGUAUGCUUUUCACUGAACGUAAACAUAACUUUUUGUUUGUUUACGAGAAAACUCCACAGGGCACCUUUUUAAAUGUAAAGCUGUAGGAGGACCAGGAGACGGUUAGCUUAGCUUAGCAUAAAGACUGGAAACAGUGGGAAACAGCUAGCCUGGCUCUGUCCUGAGGUAACUAAAUCAUCUUGCCAGCGCCUCUAAAGAUGACAAUAUGUGGUUUAUGAGAGGUUAUGUGCACAACUCGUUUUUACAUCUGUUUUUGUACAGAUUAAACAAAUGAGAUCUAACUUGUUGAUUAGUGAGCUUUAGAGGAGCUGUUUGGCACAUUUUGUUAUCUUUGAACAGAGCCAGGCUAGCUGUUUCCCUCUGUUUCCAGGCUUUAUGCUAAGCUAAGCUAACCGCCAGCUGGUUGUAGCCUUGUAUGGUAUAAUAUCGAUCCUCUAAUCUAACUGUCAGUAAGAAAAAGCAAAUAAACGUAGUUCCCAAAACUUUAAACUAUUCCUUAAAUCCUAGAAUAGUCUUUAAUGGAGAUGGGUAUUAAACAAUAAUGUAAGUCUAGACUCUAUACUUGAUAUUAUGUAUCUAUUGAAGCAGGCCAUUUGAAUGUUUAGAGUGCCAAAUGUGUGGGAUCAAAGCUUUAGCCUAGCAGGAUUUACACCUUGCAUACAAUUGGCUUUGUUGUGGACAAUCUGAAUGGAUCAGAUCUGAUUUUCCACCAAAGUCUCUCCUAAAUUUAAAAGAAAAUGUACAGAACAGCCUUGUCAAUGGAAAUGGUAAAUGUGUGAUAUUUAAAUAGAGUGCAUAUCCAAUAAUUUAGCCUGUAAACAUGUUCGGCGGCCCUGCAUCUCUGAGCUACCAGAGCCUGUGAAGAGAAUGUAGGGUAGCUGACCUUGGAGCUUUUUCCUUUACCCACAGAGCUGGGCCUGCAUUAAUGAAGUGACUCGUCCAAAUUUUCGGAUCAGUCCUGUCUUUUUAAUGAAAUACCUUCACGUGUCGAUGUGUAAUUCGACAUCAAAACACUUCCUGAAAAUGAGCCCAUCCAUCGUUAUUCUGGACAGACUCCUUUUUGAACGUGACGUAGUGUUUUGUGCAUUAAAAUGGCAAAAUGUGCGCUAUGUGAAUCAUUGUGAUAGGAUUAAGAUUUAGACAAAUAUAGCAAUAGAACUAGGAACUAUUUUCUGUGUAUUGUAAUGACCUUUGAGAUUUAGCGAUAACCAGGGUACUGUGUAAAACAUUGUUGACAAUAACACUACAUUUGAGUAGCUUCUGCAGUUAGCCUUAACACAGUGACAUGAUACAGCAUUCCUAAACACUGGCAAGGCAGCGUAGACACAGUUCACUCUGUAUGAUGCCUCAUCUACUUGGUGAUUGCACAUGGUGUAUUUUUGCAAAUCAGCUUUUGGACCAAAAUAUAUUUUACAAAGAAUUUCUGAAAA